AUGAACAGCACCAAGUUCCACCAAAACCUGACAGAUGAAUAUUGCUAUCCUGACAACAACAACUCAUGCAGAAAGGAGGUGCAAAGCAGCAGCGGCAACAUCUUCCUCUUCUUCUUCCUCUGUUGCAUCUCCAUGUCCACAGUGGUCCUGAACCUGCUGGUGAUCAUCUCCAUCUCGCACUUUAAGCAGCUGCACACUCCAACCAAUCUGCUUAUCAUGUCUCUGGCAGUGGCUGACUUCCUCGUGGGCCUCGUAGUGAUGCCUGUGAAUAUCAUAGAACUGAAACACGACUGCUGGUAUCUCGGAAGAACCAUGUGCGCCCUUUAUCCUGUGAUUAAUUAUAUUACUGUGUCGGCUUCAGUUGGCAGCGUGGUGUUCAUCGCAGUUGAUCGGUAUAUCGCAGUCAACAACCCUCUGCUUUAUUCCAGCCAAAUCACAAUUGGUAAAACCUCCUUGUUCAUAGUUGUGACCUGGUCUUGUGCCAUUCUGUAUGUCACUUUAUUUUAUCUUUUCAGUGGCCACCUACUUGAUCCCUACAUGUUCAGCAAAUGUGUCGGAGAGUGUGUGCUUGUUCAAUAUCAGGCAGCCUCGAUAGCUGACUUGUGCAUUACCUUCAUUGGGCCUUGUUGCACCAUUCUGUUUUUGUACGUGAGAAUUUUUAAAAUAGUGAGAUAUCAGAUCAAAUCUAUCCGUGCUAUGGAGUGUGAUAACGCACAUGGACGUGGGGUCAAAAGUGUACAAAAAUACAAAGCUGUAAAAACCCUCGGGAUUGUCAUUGGUGUGUAUCUUGUUUGUUGGAUCCCAUUUUACCUGAGCUAUAUGUUUUCUGAAAGUGUGACCUCCAUAUCGCUGGUAUGGAUUGUGUUCAACUGGUUAAUAUACAUCAACUCCUCGCUAAACCCUCUGAUAUAUGCCAUAUUUUACCCCUGGUUCAGAACAUCUGUUAAGUACAUUGUGACGUGUAGAGUAUUCCAAUCGUCUUCUUCCACCUUUAAUCUGUUCCUUGAGUGUUCUUGA